AUGAUGACUCGGCAUUGUCCCAUUCCGCUUCGAAAGCAAGUCAUCAACCAUCGACAUCACUCCCUUCGCCAAGCGUCUGCUUCGCUGACACUCUCGCGACACGACAAUGCCCUAUCAUGCGGGACGAUGACCCUGUCCACCCUCCUCUUCACCUACGUGCUCGGCGGCUUAACGUUUCUGCCGUUACUGCUUGCCGCAGUAUUGGUGCCGGCCUGGCUCUGGCUCCCGAAGGUCGAGGAUGGAAAGCAAGAGAGCGGGAAGGAUGACAAGGAUGGGAAGACCAGGCGCGCAGGCGCACUGCUUGCGGGCCUGAGAGAUGAGAAGGAGGAGUCGGCAUCAAGUGGGACAUUUGCGGUGUUGCGAAGACACGACUUCCAAGCGGCGGUUACCGCUUUCAACGCAAGGAACAAUGCCACGACAGCUACCGGAGCACCUCCCGGAGAUGGGACAAGUGAUACUGGCACUGGCAAUGAAUCUGUCUAUCAAAGCGUAUACCGUUCGGUGUUCGACAGGAACAAGCAUACCACCUCUGUUCGUCCAGUACUCAAUAGCGAAGAGGUCUCCUCCGACGCGUCGAUCACGAAGACGAAGAAGAAGUCUACCCCCGCCAGUAUCUUCUAUAUAGUACUCCGCCACGGCCACUUGAUGCUGUACGAUUCUUCCGCGGAGGUGGAAGUGCGACAAGUGAUUAGUCUUUCCAACUACGACAUCUCUCUCUUCUCCGGGCCCGUCGAGGCUGAGGAGCAGGUCCUCAAGGACGGAGAUCUUUUCAUCAAACGCACGGCCAUCGUCCUGACUCCAAACUUCAGCGACGGCGUGAUACCACCUAAUGGACAAGCGAGUAUGGUCGCGCCAUAUUACCUCUAUUCCAACACUUGCAUCGAGAAGGAGGACUUCUAUCACGCCCUUCUGUCCACUCGAAACCCGCCGCCGAUACCGCAGCCUGUUGAUACUGAUGCCAUCAUCAAGCUGCAAUCCACACUCCAUUCGAACUCCGCUCUCACGCCAGAAACACAAGCCCUCAACGCCCUCGUAUCUCGCAUCUUCCUCGCCAUACACCACACCGAUCGCGUCGAGACUCUCGUUCGAGAGAAGAUUGAGAAGAAGAUUGCGCGGGUACAGAAGCCGGCCUUUAUCGCAUCGCUGGCCGUCCAGUCCAUCGAUCUUGGUGAUGCCGCCCCCGUUUUCUCCAACCUUCGUCUCAAGGAAUUCCAAAUCAGCGGCGAUGUGACAAUCGCCCUCGAUGUCAAAUACUCCGGGAACUUCAAGAUUACCGUUUCCGCACUGGCCAAGCUAGAUCUCGGUCCGCGCUUCAAGACGCGCACUGCGGAUCUCCUGCUGUCUGGGAAGAUGCAGCGACUGCAAGGCCAGAUGCUGGUGCGUAUCAAACCCAGUCCGAGUAAUCGCAUCUGGUUUUGUUUCGACAAGAUUCCGGACAUGGACAUCAAAGUUGAGCCGGUGGUCAGUCAACGGCAGAUAACGUAUACCUUCAUCCUGAAGGCGAUUGAGGACCGAAUCCGAGCGGUGUUUGGCGAGACGUUGGUCAAGCCAAAUUGGGACGAUACGCCUUUCCUCGACACCAGGGACGAGCAGUGGAGGGGUGGAAUAUACCUGAAGGAAGCUGCAGAUGCGCCUCCAGAACCAUCCGCUGGAGAGCUACUCAAGGAAAGAAACCGCAAGACCAUGUCCAUGCCUGUACUCGCGGACUCAAGUACACCGGAAAAGGACUCAUCGGCGACCUCGUCUGGAUCUGAAGCGACAUCAAAAGUUACAACGACGGGCGCACUGGCCAAAGAGAAGCUGGGUGAACUCAAGCGUCGUUCGGUUGCCUCGCUUCCGCUGCAAACCGCAUUCGAUAAAGAACCUCCUAGUCCGGCACAAUCGCCUUCCAGGCCGAUAAGAAGUCCAUCUUUCACGUCAUUAUCACCCUCGACGCCUUCCACACGACUAGACGAGAGCCUGGCGAGGAUGGAGCCCACAAGGAGCGAGCAGUACGACAGCCACACUCAAGACCAACGGCGAUGGCGACUUCGACCUGUCUCGACCCAACCGAAUGUCAAGAAGGGCGCAAUCGAGACGAUGCGGGAGAUGAGGAAUCGCUCAAUAGUCGAUCGCAGCUCAGAGCAGGAUGCCGAUGCCACAGCUGCUGCGGCGUCGGCAGAAACGGAUGACAGCCAAAGUCGCCGAUCGCUGGACACUUCGGCGGUACCUUUCGCUGACCGCACCGUUCGCUCCCACAACCGCGUGGGUAGCGACCUGUCGACUUCCAGCUCACAGACAACAAAUCGUAGCCAGCGGCAGCAAGAAGCAGUGGACAAAGGCAAAAACAUCCUUGCUGCGACGGCGGCGGCAACGACGGCCGCGAAGAAUUGGGGCUGGAAUGCACUUGCGAGUCGCACAGCCAAAGGUGGACCCGCUGCAACGCAAGGUCCACCGCAGGAGCCCUUAGGAAGAGGCCGACCAUUGCCACCUCCUGGUAUGCCUCUCCCUGGGCCGCAGAAGAACUGGCUACCGGCUGUCAUUGGGAAAGGCAGUGUUAAGCGGAAGCCCAUUCUUCCGCCGCGGAGGCCGAUGGGUGAGGGGGUGCAGGAUGCGCAUGCUGCUGUCGGCGAGGCAUCUGCCUCAGAGGUCUCACACGACGGUAACGAAGCGACAGAGGCAUCGGACCAUGGGCAAAAGGUCGUCGCCACCCCCGGAAGCGAGUUUGGACCCUGGACAGAAAACUAUGGCACUGAUCAUGAAGAUCACGUUGAGGAGUGGCCCGGACAAUCCGCGCUUGUUGACCUCGAGACGACCACAUCUGAGCCUGCUUUGCAUGUGUCAGAAGGCAAUGAGACUUUCAACGUGGUAGCAAGGAAAAAGGUACCGCCACCGCUACCGGCAAGGCCUGCAUCGAUCGCAGAUGAAGGCGGUGACGCAGCGCAUGCAGCGAGCUCCGACGCUGUUGAGGGAACAUCACAAGAAGAACGAGCUACGAAGCUUGGGCCGGUCGCAAGAUCUGCUGAACCCGUCGAUGAUGCCGUGACAAAGGUGGUAACCGCGCAAAGAAUCCCGGACAGCUCGCCGGAGAGGGAAGCGGUACUGAACGCUAGGAUGGACGAGGGCGAUUCUCAUGACCAUCACGAACGCCUCUUCGAUCAACGGCCGGAAGAAGAAGUCUCCGAUCAAAGUGAUGUAGAGGACCUCGUCGCCAUUCCUGCGCCGGUGGACGAUGAUGCUGACGAGCACGGACUGAAUGCGGAAGGAGUGCAAGCGGAUGAUAGCACUGUGGGGCAGAGUGGAAGCGGAAGCCAUGGCAGUGAUCGGUGA